UCUCUAUUGCCCAUCGGCUUCAGCAUGAGUAGUUGACAAUCUCGUUAUUGUGACAAGUCGCGUUGUGUUAAAAAGAAAGUGAAAAUGGCGGGAACUAUAUUAGAGAACUUAAGCGGUAAAAAACUAGCUGUUUUGGUCAGCUUCAUUUUAAUAUGCCAAGUGAUCUGUUUUCUCAUAGGUGGAUGCAUCGCACCUUCACCUUCUAAUGCAGAUAUGGUUCUCAGUACAAAAUGUGUUCUGGAUAAACCUAUUAAUCCUGGAGAAUAUGAUGAUGUAUGGCAUAUCCCUCGUGGUAAAAAUGGAGUACCCAUUAACUGUAACAAAAUAGAAGAAUUGGAUGAUCCAAAAAUAAUAAGAAACCAUGUUUCUCCAAAUCAGAUAGUUUUUGCAGUUCAAGUUCCUUUAGCUAAAGAAUCUGUUCAGUUAGAUUAUUCAAGAUGGAUGCAAAAUCUGAUAGCAGUUCUUCAUCCGGAUAUAGUUCACAAAAAGUACAAUCCACUUUCUAGAGCUAAACAUGCUACAAUGACCAUGGUUGUGAAAUUGGGUUAUCGGAAUAAAUGGGAUCCUGAGGAUAAAUGGACACUUAUAGCAAACUCUACUGAACAAAGAAAACUGGAUUGCAAAUUAGACAAAGAUAAGGAGCAAGAAGAUUAUUUACAUAACUGUGAAGUGCUACCUUUAUUUGAACUUGGAAGUUUGCACCAUGAUUAUUAUCUUAUUAAUCUUCAGUUACCUGUGUCUGUUGAUGAUAGUGACAUUUUGAAUCAUGGAAUUGGUGUUUUAAAAGACAUUUGGAUUGUUCUGAUCACACAAAAUGGUGGCUUUACAAAGGUUUGGCUUUCAUUAAAAACAUUCUUCUUUCCAAUUAUUAUUGCAACUAUGAUCUGGUAUUGGCAUCGUAUUAAUUUACUCACAAGACCUCCAGUUCUGCUAGAAAAGAUGCUUUUGGGUUUGGGAAUUGCACUCAGCUUUUUAAACUUGCCUCUUGAAUUUUUAACAUUGUUUAUUGAAAUGCCAUUUAUGCUUCUUCUGGCUGAUAUAAGACAAGGAAUAUUCUAUGCUGCUCUCUUAAGUUUUUGGCUUGUGUUCUGUGGAGAACAUCAAAUGGAAGGAAGGAAGGAUGAUGUAGAAAGAAAUAGAUUAAGAAGUUAUUGGAGACAUUUAAGUGCUGUUGCCUUUGGUUGUUUAUGUCUCUUCUUAUUUGAUAUGUGUGAAAGAGGUGUUCAACUGAAAAAUCCUUUUUACAGCAUUUGGGUAACAGAAUUGGGAACAAACUUAGCUCUUGGGUUUAUUAUUUUAGCUGGAAUAUCAGCUUGUCUGUAUUUCGUAUUUCUUUGUUAUAUGGUCUACAAAGUAUUCCGUAAUAUUGGUUUUAAAAGAAGCACUUUGCCAAGUAUGAGUAGCACCAGAAGAAUGUAUUAUGAGGGGAUAAUUUAUCGGUUCAAAUUUUUGAUGAUGUCUACAUUAUUGUGUGCUGCUUUAACUGUUAUUUCUUACAUUAUUGGUCAGGUCAGUGAAGGUCGAUGGAAGUGGGAUCAAGAUAUCAGAUUAGAAUUUACUUCAGCUUUCUUUACUGGAGUAUAUGGAAUGUGGAAUUUGUAUGUUUUUGCACUUCUAGUACUUUAUGCACCUUCCCAUAAGUUUUAUCCUCCAGGACCUACAAAUGCUUUGUCUUCUACUCAAGAGGAAAUUGAAUUCAGUCGAUUGACAUCUGAACCUUCACCCUCAGAACCAACAGAAAUUUCUGCUCUGACUGAAUUUGCCAAAAAAUCUGCUCUGGAUUAAUACAUGAAACUUUUAUGGUCUGUCGAUCAAGUUUUUAAAAUUCACAUUUGCAACUUACAGUAUUAUGUUUUGGCCAAAAUAUUUCAAUUAUUAUACUUCCUAAUACAAUGUUAGAAAACCUAAAAAAUGUGCCAAUAAUAUUUUCUUUUUUAAUAUUAGAUUAUAUAUAUAUAUAUAUAUUUUAUACAUGUCUUAUUAUUUUUUAAAAUAAUCUAGAAACCCUUUUAAUCUGGAAAACACUUUUUAUAUUAUUUUUUAAAAUCAAUUAUAAUUGUAUUUUUCUCAUACACACAAUCAAAUGUAUAGAGUUUUUGAAUGACUUUUGAAAAACCCUUUGUAUUACAGAUUUCUACUGAUAGAAAUCAUAUAAAAUGUGAAAAUUUAAACUUGAAUCUCAAAAGGUUUUACUGCGGAAAUAAUUUUAAAUUCAUUAUACCCUGCACGUUAAAAUGUAUGAGUUUCUAUCAAAUUUUCAUUUGAAAAUCUUAAACAACGUCUCAGUUAAAGAAAUACUAAAUUUAGAUAGAUGAAAUUUAUGGUGUUUCUCUCAGUUUUAGAUUAUUUUCAUAUAAAUUGAACAAAUUUAAAAAAUUGAAAUGGUUGUUUGAAUAAGUUAUAAUCGAAAAUUAUAACAUUUAAAUUUCAAAAAGACCAUUUCAAUUUUUUAAAUUUAUUUAAAUCGUAAAAUGAUCUGACAAUGAGAGAAAUUUUUGAAAAUCUUUAUUCAUUAUCUUAUUUAGGACUUUUUUAACGAGAUUUCUCAUUGGUUAUAUGCAGGUGUUAUAUUUGAAGAUUUUUUUAAGGACUGGAACUUCUCUUUUCUUGUUGGAGUAUAUAACCAGUCAUAGUAUAAAGCCUGAGAUUUAUUAUUUAUACUUUAAAGAAGAAAAUAAAAUUUCUAGUUCUUAAAAUACAUCAAAUUAAAGGUUUGUUUCUAACUUUUAAAUCAAGAGUCAAAAGAAGUAGAUUUUAUUUUCAUUUUAUUUAUUUUGAAACAUUUAGUAAUUAAAAGAACAGAACACUUUAUACAAAGAAAUAUAUUCAUUUUGUUAUUACAGGCAGCUUAAGUAGAACAUAUUAUUCUUUUAUUAUGAAUGUAUUAAAUUACUGAAUUUAUUUAAAUUUUAAUAUCCUUGUUAUUAAUUUUUGCCAAAAUAUGCAAUAACACAGAUUAUAAAUCAAAUCAAUUUGUGCAAAAUAAAUUAAUCUUUAAUUUUAUCAUAUUCAAAUUUAUAUUUAGUUGAACUUUAAAUGUGAAUGUAUUUAAUGUAAACCCACUUGUGUACAUGUAGAUAUGUCUUCAGUGUUGAGGUAUACAUAUAUAUAUCAUAGAAAACUUAAUUAAAAUAUAUUAUCUUUCUAAUAACUUUACACAGUUUAAUAAAAUUUAUACAGAUAUUAAUGAAUUUUAUAAAGU